AUGAUUUUUGUAUUCAAAUGCGGAUUGCUCCAACCAGUUUGGGCAGUUCCUUCAGCACCCAAGGGAGUGUCCGCUGACUGGCAGGACACCAUAUCCUGGAUUGGCCCAUCGCCCAUCGGUCAAGCUGUGUGCGAAUCCCAUCCAAAAUGGCCAAUGUCCCAUGUUCGGUUCUCGCUUUUUAUUACUGCCAACUCUUUGUUCGCUGGCCUCGACAAAGGGUCAAUUCGAAAGGGCAACAGUUGA